UGAUCCAAGAUUUCAUUCAAGGAUCGGUAGACUUGAAAAUAUAUUAAAGGGUUGGAUGGAGAAUUCCGGCUUAUUCUACGGAUAUUAUAAGGGCGUAAAUAGUGACCUGAGUAGUUUACUGGGAAUCAAUUUCACAUACGACAUGUCAGUCGCUUACUUGAUUAAUUUAUUUGCCUACUACCUUAUUAGUCUGAUAAGCCUUUCACUAAGUCUAAUCAAAGAGAAAUCUCAGAAAAUUGGACAAAAUGUUUUCUCUGGCUUUGUUUAUGCUGGAAAAGAUUUCAUUCAAACAAACAAGAAAGACUGUCUUAAUGAACAAAAUGAUUUGGUAAGAAGGCAAAAUCGGUCAAUUUGCCAAAAAAUAGUUUUGUAUUCAAAGCGAAUUCUAAUUAACUUGUUCGUCCUCGGUCUUCUUGGAGCAAGCGGAUAUGCGAUAUACUAUGUCUAUUCGUAUUCCCUCCAAGUCAUACUGCACAAUGUUUAGUUGUAGGUUACUAAAUCUGGACAAUACCUCAUUGAUAACCCCAACUACAAACUGUUUAUCGAAUAUGCUCCUUCACUGACAUUGGUCUUGCUCAACAUCAUCAUCCCGAUUAUUGUCGAACUGGUCGUCGUCUGGGAGGACUACUUGGCCAGAACAGAACUCAAAGUAGUUCUCAUGAGGUGGUGCAAUAUUAGUAAUGCGGACAGGACUAUUAUUAUCAAACUUGCGUCGUUCUCAAUUCUCAUAUACACUCUUUACAGUCAAAUCACUUGCCAGCCAAAAGACUCGUGUUGGAUAUAUGUGAAGUGCUGGGAAACAUACGUCGCCCAACAGUUGUACAAACUCUUGAUUAUGGACUUUAUUGUCUCAAGUGUGUUGACAGUUGUUGUGGAGCCUUGCAGAAAUCCCACAAAAGAAGGCCUACGUCUCCUCGAACAUAAUGGGACUAUUCCUUGUAUUCUUGUUACUAAUGUACCUCAUUUUGACAAUCCCUAUAUCCUACAUUAUAUUCAGGGUAAUGACUAUAAUAAUCACCAGACUCCCCUCACAGCCAACUCCCACGCCGCAGCACAACUGUUCCAGCACAUCUACGACAAGAGAGGGGCCCGGAAGAGAAGACUCGCCCAGGAAUUCAUUAUGCAGCCCUCUAUCCAAGUUGGCCUGUCCCGCUGUAGACAGGAACACGAUAUUAUCACACGACCGAUGGAUCUGCGGACUAUUGCCAGGAAUAUUCAGGAUAACAAGUGCAGUCUGGCACGCUGUAGUCACGACUUGUGCACUGUUUUCGACAACGCACUCCUCUACAACCCACCAGACUCCCAAAUGGCCAAAGUAUAUUCGAUAUCCCCAACAGGACGCACGUGUCCUCAAAUGUCUGGUUGA